CGAAGGAAGGAGGACGCCGACAGUUCUAGUUCUAUUUCACCUCAGAAGCGCUCGCUUAGUCCGCGCAAAAAUGUUUCCUCCGAAUUGCUCUCCAAGGACGGUGUUUUUGACCGUGACAACCUGCUGACUAUCUGCUGCUCCAGUGGACCGAAGAUACUGGAAAGAGAACACUAUUUCUUUACCAUGCAAAGUACUAUGCAGGCACUGAUCUCGACAAGAGGCGCAUCAUUCGUAUGGGAGGCAGAGAAAUUCACAAUUCAGUAGCGAGACCCAUACAGAAAGAGAGAGAGGAAGAAAGUGACAGCGGGAGAGAGAGAGGCAAUCACCUGUACCUACUGGGGAAGGAUGGCCAGCCACACAGGAGAGUGAUUUUCACCAAGGAGGAAAUGGAGGCCUUGCUGACAGAGAUGCAUGCUGGACAUUUCGGAGUGAAUCGCAUGAUUGCCAAAAUCAACGGUCAACCACUGAAAUCCCUGACGCCUUACACUUCGGUGAAGCCCGUGAGACAAAAGGUUUUAGUACCGCCAGUCAAUCAGAAUCUAUCACUGUGGUGGACUUUCGGUGGAGGGACCAAACUGAGUGUUGGCAGUGACGUUCGUCCCACCCUGACAGUCCUGCCCCCCUCCAGUGUGGAGCUGCAGGAGGGGAAGGCCACUCUCAUGUGCCUGGCCAACAAGGGCUUCCCCUCAGACUGGAAGCUGAGCUGGAAGGUGGACGGUAGCAGCAGCAACACCUGGGAGGUGACCGGGAGCCCCGGGGUCCUGGAGAAGGACGGCCACUACAGCUGGAGCAGCACCCUGACCCUCCCUGUCGACCAGUGGAAGAAGGUGGGCUCUGUGACCUGUGAGGCCACCCAGGGCUCCCAGUCUCCGCUCUCUGAGACACUGAGGAGAGACCAGUGUUCUGAUUAAUGAGCUCCCCCCUCUGACUCCACUUUUUUUACUCUGUUCUGCACUCAGCAUCUCUCCUUCUUACUGAUCCAGCACUACUACCACACUGGUCUGGUUCUGGGCUGGGCCUUUCUCCAGAAUAUCUGUCUGAUUCUGAUGUCAAAGUUCUGCUUGGCUUUCUUACAUUUGUUAUAAUCUUUAUUCCUGUAAUGCUGUUGGUUCUGACAUGCUGAGAUAAUAAAUACUUUUCCCAUCCUUAA